UGGCUGCUGACAACCUGGGGCUGCAUCGUGUUCUCCGGCCCCUAUGCGUGGGCCAACUUCAGCAUCCUGGCCUUGGGCGUGUGGGCCGUGGCUCAGCGGGACUCCGUGGAUGCCAUAAGCAUGUUUCUGGUCGGCUUGCUGGCCACCAUCUUCCUGGACAUCAUCCACAUCAGCAUCUUCUACCCACGGGCCAACCUCUCGGACACGAAGCGCUUCAGCGCUGGCAUGGCCAUCCUCAGCCUGCUGCUCAAGCCCUUCUCCUGCUGCCUCAUCUACCCCAUGUACCAGGAGCGCGGGGGCUUCCUUGGACCUUCUCAGGAGCGUAGUGCCUACCAGACGAUUGACUCACCAGAAGUGCCUGCAGACCCCUUCGGAGGUCCGGAGGGCAGAGGUCAAGGUGCCCAAGAGUACUGAAGCCAGCCCUACUGCGCCCAGCCCCACCUGGGCUGCAUCGCCGUCCGAGUGCCUGGAGGUCAUUCCAGCGAUGCUCCUGACCUCCCUUGCAUGGACCUAAGAUGGAGUGUGUCCUCCCAUACCCCAUCUCAGGGGUUGCUUGAAUCAAAUGCCCCGAGAGGCCAAGAGCCCCCGUGGACCCCAGCCCCACACUCACACCUGUCCCAAACCCCUCGAGGCCUCCCGUCCCUUCAAGGCACCCCACUAAUACCCAGGCUGGAACUGAGGUCUCCUUCACCUCCCAUCCUGUAGCUGCACCGUGCAGGCCCUGGACCGAGUCCUGCCUAAGCGUGGCAGGGUCAGGCCUCUAAGGGACGGUGAAGUCCCCUCAGGCCUCCCCCCAGCUUGUCAAGCCCUUCUGCAGAAGCUCUGAGAGCUUCGAUCACAUUCAGCCCCAGGAGCAGUCAGCAUGGGAGUGAGGUCCCCAUGCUUCUCACUGCCUGGUCAUUUGGUGCCUGGGGACCCUGGGGCUACAGGCAGGAGGUGUCUGCAGCACUCACGAC